AUGGAAGCAGAAUUCAUAGCUUGCUUUGAGGCAUCACAACAUGGAGUAUGGCUGCGGAACUUUAUUCAAGGACUGCAAAUUGUGGAUAGUAUUGAAAGACCAUUCAAGUUAUAUUGUGACAAUAAGUUCGCAGUCAUGUACUCCAACAACAACAGGAGCUCGUCGAAGUCCAAACACAUUGACAUCAAGUUCCUUGCUGUUAAGGAUAGAAUUCAGAGUAGACAAUUGCAAAUUAAACACUUAGGUUCAACUUCCAUGCUUGCGGAUCCUUUCACUAAAGAGAUUGAGAAAUUGUUAUUAAAUGUUGGAAAAAGUUUGCAUGAUUUCCAGGGCAUGCCUUAUCCAAAAUCUGAGUAUUUUGAAACAUUUGAAAAUAGAUUGAUUAGCGAUGAGUUGUGUUAUGAUCGUGAAGCUUUGAGAAGAGAACAUUUGGACUUUCUUUCCAAGUUUACCCAUGAACAACUUCAUAGGUCUUUGUCAACCGGGAUUCAUUCGAGGGGUGAAAUUGUUUUAAAUGUGGCAUCUAGUGGCAUAGCUUCUUUGUUGUUUCCUGGAGAUAGAACAACUCAUUCUCGCUUUAAGAUUCCCAUCAAUGUUAACGAAGAUUCCAUGUGCAAUAUAAAACCAGGGAGUGCGCUUGCUGAACUUAUUGUUAGAGCUAAGCUUAUCAUAUGGGAUGAAGCUCCGAUGAUUCAUAAACAUUGCAUAGAAGUCGUGGAUAGGACUUUCAGAGAUAUCAUGCGUGAAUUGCAUAGUUCUGAGGCUUACAAAAAAAACAUGAGACUGUUGAGUGCUGCAUCUUGUGAUGAAGCAGCACGAUUGAAGGAAUUUUCUUCUUGGGUUGCUUCAAUUGGAGAUGGGGUUUUUGGUGGACCAAAUGAUGGUGAAGUGAUUAUUGAUCUUCCUUCUGACACUGUUUUGUCUAAUUCUGGUGAUCCUCUUAUAGCAAUUGUUUCGAAGAUAUAUCCUUGUUUUAUGAAUCAUGAAAAGUUGAGUAAUUGCUUGCAUGAUCGUGCCAUACUUUCUCCUAACUUGGAGGUUGUUGAUGAGGUUAACCAAUUCAUGAUGUCGUUGGAUCAGUCUCAAGGUCGUCUUUAUUUGAGCUCUGAUAGUAUUGCCAACUCAGAUUCAACAUCAGAUGGUUUAGCUGAGAUACAUUCGGUUGAGUUUUUGAAUAACUUGAAGUGUUCAGAUACACCUAAUCAUGAACUGUUGCUGGAAGUUGGUACUCUUGUGAUGCUGCUAAGGAAUGUAGAUCACUCGAAUGGAUUAUGUAUUGGCACAAGAUUGAUAAUUACACGAUUAGGUGAUUAUGUUUUGGAGGGACAAGUGUUGGUUGGCCAUAAUGUUGGGCAUAAAGUUUUGAUUCCUCGAAUGUCUUUAAUUCCUUUUGAUUCAAGGUUACCAUUCAAAUUUCAGCAACGACAAUUUCCUGUGGUUGUGUCGUAUGCAAUGACCAUUAACAAAAGUCAAGGUCAAUCUUUGGCUCAUGUUGGAUUAUUCUUACGAAAUCCAGUCUUUAGUCAUCGACAAUGGUAUGUUGCUAUAUCUAGAGUUACGAGUCGUGCAAGUCUGAAGAUUUUGGUUUGUAAACAUGAUGAUGAUGAUGAUGAUGAUGAUGAUGAUGAUGAUAGUAGUAGGGGUGAUUCCACUGUUAAUGUUGUUUACAAAGAAGUUUUUCAAAACUUAUGA